AUGUCCCGCCCAUGGCCUCAUUUACCUGUGAAAUUAGAAGCCAAGGAGGAGCCGGUGGAAAGCGCAGUUGUGGAAGAGAAUGUUAACGCAGGACAGAACACAGGCACAGAUUGUGAACUAUGGCCACAAAACUCAACACAAUCGACUAAACAAGCCAUUGAGCAGAAAUUAAGGGAAAGAAUGGUUAAGGAGAAUAAACUUAUUUCACAUACCCUUAGACGUCCUGAUGGUAUCGCUGUGGAUUGGAGAUAUAAACAGAUGGCUUUCGGUGACGGUGGUGUCAUUGAUUUGAGUGGCGGUGAUAGCGGUGAAGAGCAGUCAAUUGAGCAGCCAAUUGAACAGCCAAUUGAACAGCCAAUUGAACAAACAGUUGAGCAACCAACAGAGCAAUCAACAGAGCAAUCAACAGAUCAGCCACACACUCUCACACCCACUCAGCUCUCCCCUCACCAAGUUCACCAGGUCACUCAAGCUAUCAAAUACGCACAAUUGCCAAAUCUAUCCACUAGUAACGAUGAUCACGUUUACAAUAAUCCUAAUCAUAGUGUAAUUGGCCCUGAAAACACUUCAAACACCGCUAGCACUUCAUUUCCCACCUCACCAACUUACCCAUCGAAUCCAGCUAACUUUAGACAUUCCACUUUCCAAUCGGGUGAAUUGGAUCGUUCAAGCAGCUCUAAUAAUACCAACUACCGCAACAACUCCAACAACUCCCCUCAACAAAACCACACGCCUUUCCUCCCACAGCGUCCAGAGCUGCCAAUCCACACUCGCCGCGCGGCGAAACCGAUCAAAGUACCAACGAAUCCCACUCCUCGGGCAAAUAGCUAUGCAGGGAAUGGGAAUACCAAGACAAACAGAAACACACACCCUGCACCUGCUGAACCUGCUGCACUUGCUCACAGACAGCCCUACACUGCCUUACCUCCUAUCGCACCCAAGGGUCUAACCAUUAAUAGACAACCGCGCAGCCCCUCACCCCCUCUACCCAACGAAACUCCUUCGAAGCAAUACGAGCUGCAUAUGAUGGAUAAAAGUAGGCGCGAAAACAACCAUCUGCACAGCUUUCGCUCUGAUAGGCAGAAAGAGUCACUCGAUAGGACACACGAUCAGCGCAAACGUAUGCAGGAUAGGGUUUGCGAGAAGGAUAGGGAGAAAGACAAGGAGAAAGACAAGGAGAGAUACAGAUUGAUUUACCGCGACAGAGAAAGAGAGAUUGAGAGGGAAAGAGAACGCGACCGCGAGAAGAGAGACAAAGAUCGCCAUCUUGAACUAAAGAGAGUCAAAGAGAGAGAAGAAUCGACACUGCGCAAAGAGGCGGAACUCGACAGGCUCCAGGCAGAAAUGCGCAAGCGGAUGCAAGAGAGGGAGGAGGAAGACAAGAAGCGGCGAGAGGAAGACAAAAAGCAACAGGAAGAGAAUAGAAAAAGGGAGGAGGAGGAGAAAAGCCUACUGGAGCGGGUAAAGAAUGACGCGAUUAAGGCGGCGACAGCAGCACCAGUAACAACAGCAACGACAACAGUACCAACAACUAAACCAAAAAGUGCACCUGAAAGAAUGCCCGAACGGGUACCAGAAAGAGAGCAUUCCCUGAGCGCUUCAAGUGACGCAGACUCAGAACUUAAUACUUCCAGCAUAGAAGAGUACAACAGGAUAGAUCUCAGUCAACUCGAAAAGAUACCGACCAAUCAACCACAGUUAGUGGUUCAUUUAGGUAAAAUAGCUGGUAUAAUGAAUAGUUUGAGUACAAUGAAGAUACCACUACCGCCCACAUUUUACGACACAGUGAGACGAGUGGGAGUGAUUGACAGCCACACGGAAAAGGCGUGGCGUGAGCUUGUUUAUGGGAGCAAAGAGGAGUAUGAAAGCAUAGAUUUCAACCAACUCGAACAGAUACCACGGGAUAAAGCGCAGUUAGUGACAAGACUGGCUAAAAUAGCAGGUCAUAUAGAUUACUUGGGACAUAUGCAACCACCCUACCCGGAUGACCUAACCGAUACGGUGAGACGGGUGGGAGUGAUUGACUCGCACACCGAGAAGGCGUUGCGAGAUUGCGGCGUUGCUCGUAGGAGCACCAGCAGGGGCGAUAGCAGACGUAGCACGUCGGUUGUCCCCAUUCCCAGCGUGUCGAAGAGCAGCAAGAGCAAGAAGCGCACGAGUGACGAACGCGAGCGGAAGAAGGAGAGGAAGAAGGAGAAGGAGAAAGACAGGGAAAGAGAGGAGCGCGAGGAAAAAGAGAAGGAGAAAGACGAUAAAGACAAAGAAGACAUUCAACCACCACCCAAGAAAAAGAAGCGGAAGAGUGAAAGUGACAGGGCAAGCAGCAGCUCACGCAAAAACAAGGGAUAUGGGCUGGAAGCCAUGAGCCAACAGUCCAAGGACAAGGACAAGGAGAAAACGCGCCAAGCGACGCCUGAAGAGCUCGACAUUAACGCUCUCAAUAAGGGUAUCAGUGGGAAAGCGCAGGGGGAGAUCAACGAAGAUGGUGACGAUUGCCUGAGGCCGUUGAUAGACAAAAAGCGUCGUCGUUAG